GGAAGCUGAACUCUGCUUCCCAGAGUUCUUGAACUCCUCCUGCAAGAGGCUGACGAUUCCUCACUUUGAGGUUGUACUCAUGUACAUUGUGCUGUCCUCCAUCUCUGUCCUAACAGCCUUUCUAAACUUGCUGCUCAUCAUCUCUGUCUCACAUUUCAGGCAGCUGCACACUCCCACCAACCUCCUGCUCCUCUCGUUGGCCAUCUCAGACUUUUCUGUGGGCCUCCUAUUGUUUUUUCAAACUGCUCUCAUAGACGGCUGCUGGUUUCUCGGUGACAUUAUGUGCACUGUGUAUCAGUAUUUAGCGUAUGUUAUCACCUCUUCAUCGAUAGGAACCAUGGUGCUCAUAUCUUUAGACCGAUAUGUAGCCAUUUGUUACCCCCUGCAUUACUCCACCAAAAUCACACGAGGCAGAGUAAAGGUCUGCAUCUUCCUAUGCUGGAUGUGUUCUUGGGUAUUUCAAAGUCUGAUUCUGAUUGAGAACUUAAAGCAGCCAGGUAAGUAUAACUCCUGCAUCGGAGAGUGUGCCUUUGUCAUUAGCUACAUUGCAGGAUAUGUUGAUCUUGCAUUUUCCUUCAUUGUUCCCAUCAGCAUUAUUGUAGUUUUGUACCUCAGAGUGUUUGUGGUAGCCGUGUCUCAGUCUCGCGCCAUGCGCUCUCACAUCACAGCCGUCAGUCUCCGACAUUCUGUAACGGCUAAAAGAUCCCAGGUGAAGGCAGCAAAGACUCUUGGUCUUGUGGUGCUGGUGUUCCUGCUGUGUAUGUGUCCAUAUUACUGUGUUGCUCUCUCAGAGGAAGGCAACUCUAUGAGUGCUUCAUCUGCUGCGUUUGUCAUAUGUUUGUUCUACUUUAACUCUUGCUUAAACCCUAUCAUCUAUGCCUUUUUCUACCCCUGGUUCAGAAAAUCAAUUAAGCUCAUAUUUACUCUUCAAAUAUUCCACCAUGACUCCUGUGACACCAGCAUGUAGUAGUUUUAUUCGUUUUCCUGUAAAAGACACUUAUGUGUGUAGAUGAGCAACU